CAAUGAUGACUUCCGUUUUGGAAACGAGAAAGGAUCUCACUGCGGGCUAUUGUUUCCGCCGUCUAUUGUCCCAUUUUCUGAGCGAGAAUCAUUUCUAGUGCAAGUUUUAAGACGUAAACCUUCUGUGAUUAUAUUGAUAGCCAGCUUGGUCUGGAAAUGGCGGAUGGCAGCGGCAACUCGGUUAAUCUGCCGCCCGGUGAUCCUCAUUUAAUAGGCCUUAUUGUGGAGCAUUUGAAGAGUCGUGGCCUGUUUGAUGAAUUCCGAAGAGACUGUCUGGGAGACGUGGAUACAAAGCCGGCCUAUCAGAAUCUACGGCAGAAGGUCGACAACUUUGUGUCCACGCACCUGAGCAGCCAGGAGUGGAACCCGUCCAUCAACAAGAACCAGGUCCGCAAUGGCCUACGUCAGAGCGUGGUGCAGUCCGGCAUGCUGGAGUCCGGGGUGGACCGGAUCAUCACUCAGGUGGUGGACCCCAAGCUCAACCACACCUUCCGCCCGCACAUAGAGAGCGCCAUUCACCACUUCCUGGCGGCCGAGACGGGCGAGGAGGGGGGGGCGCCCAACCCAGCACCGGAGCCCGAGCCGCAGGACACGCCCUCCACCACGCCCAAAACGCCGUGAGGGGCCGAGCCUUCGGCGAGGAGGAGGAGGAGGAGGAGGAGGAGGAGGAGGAGGAGGAAGAGGAAGAGGCCUGCGUGGGACUGUGUGAGUGUUCCAGCGUUCCGCCUCGCGGUCGCCACGGGAACGUCCCGCCGCGCCUGAGGAGCACCGCUGUGAGCGAGCGGCCGCGAUCGCCGUGGUUACAGGGGCCCAUUCUGCACUUCCUGUCCACGGUUUUGGGACUGACGAGAGGACGCCUGUCGAGUCGGGACAAGGUGCCGCACGGCUACAGGAGGGCCGGCCGUUUGGACUGUCGCGCACCGUUCCGGGCGGUCACCGUGUCCGCUUGCUUUGACGGCUUCUGGUUUGUUCCCACGUUCUGGUGCGUUCCCACGUUCCCAAGCGGUAUUUUACUGAUUUCACAGCAUUUGCACUGAUGCCUGAAUCUCUCCUGAUUCUCCCCCCCCACCCCCCCCCCCUUUCGGAAACCAAAAAGUACAACAUUGGACUUCUGUUGUUUGAUUUAGUUUUUUGUUAUGCAAUGGACUUUUUGGAUGAAAUGUUUGUGAGUGGUUUAAUACAAAGAAAAAAGUACUUUUUAAAUACACUAAAGUGGUUAAAUGCAGAACCUCUGCGUUCCGAAUAUGCAUUUUGAAUAAAGCUUGUUUCUUGCACUGUA